AUGCAGCACCAAGUGCUAGCAAUCGUCGUGCUGGCUGUGGCGCAGGAACAGACCUGCGAGAACACCCAGACAUCUCCGCACUAUGGCAACCCGAACGAGGAGGGGACCUUCAUGCAGGUGCGCGUCGCCGAUGAGUCGCAGAUGACUGCAGCCAUGGCAAGCGACUCCGAACAGGUCCUGAAGAGCGGGGCUAUGCAACUGGACAACGAGGAGCUUGCCAAGGAUCUUCAGAGGAUCUCGGGAGCGGAAGGCAGCUGUUUGACGGCUUAUCCUGGGCUCACAGACCUGGCUGAGGCAUUGCGCAGCAGCCUGGGUGAAGGCUCCAACUCCUCCCUGGCGAAAGCGCAGCAAAAUCUUGAGAAGAUCCUCAGCUCCCAUCAACACGACGUGGAGCUAGUUCAACAGCUCGGUCAGAAGGAGUUCCUGGCUUGCACCGAAGAGCUGCUCAAGAGGACCCGGCUGAGGGUCCAAAAACUCUUCACUCUUUCCAUGCGCCCGCGGUCGGAAUGCAGAUCGCGCCCUUGCCCAAGUGGCGUUCGUGAGUCUUAUUGUGCCGACACGAGCAUAGCAUGCGGCACGACAGACUGCUCUAGCUCGGCUGGCGGGGAGCACUGUGAGAUCUGGACCAUUGGGAAUACAUCCGGUGAUCUGGCAUCAAGCACCGCGAAGACUCAAGGCUGUGACAGCAGUACGGAGCUUUUUCAAGGCUUCUGCGAUCAUUUCGCGGACGCGACAUCCUCAUGCGACCGCUUCGAAGCCUGUUGGAAGGCCGCAGAACUCCACGUUCGUUCGACCGUAGAAGCGGUGCAGCUCAGCGUGUCCAGAAGGAAAUGCGCUUAUACUGCAACCAAGCGGACGAUCUGCCAUAUCAACAUCAUUUCAGAGGUGGCCACCUUUGCUGCGGGACCUUCCGCAUCCCAACCGUCCGCUGCUUCCAUAAAGGACUGCGCUGAACUGAGUGUGGACACCUCCAUACUCAACAUCACCUUUCCGCAGGACAGAACCAAGAAGGCUUUGUGCGAUCAGGCUGCCUGUUUUCUGGGCACCGACAGCAUCUUUACCAUGUCCU